AUGUAUGAUCCGAGCAAAUACAAACUCGAAUUUAUAUCCAAAGAGAAAGCCAUAUUUUGGUUGGCCAGUUUUACCCUGAUGAGUUUUCUCAUCGUUGCUCUAAACCUUGCCACCAUUCUUACUUUCGUGUCCAACAGAUACCUUCGACGUCGUAGCGUUUAUUGCCUGAUCAACUUAACCAUUGCCGACUUACUGUACGGUAUUACAGGGGCUGUCUAUGGCUUCUGCGUCUAUGGCUUUAUCUCAAUGAAUCUAGACAUGGAUCCAACGUUUUCCAUCUUUGUUUUCUUAUGUAUAGCGUGCACCUUUUUGGCUUCUGCACUUUCUUUAGCGAUCGUGUCACUAGAGCGAGUUUGUGCUUUUUUCUUUCCAUUUCGACAUCGUGUGAUAAGACAAAGAGUAUACAUUGGCGUAUUUGUUGUCAGUUGGGUGAUAGCUAUCAUUGCUACUUGGGUUUUUAAGGUUUUAUCAAACCCGUCUGCCUUGAUAUUAUUUUAUUUCGUUGUGACUCUAUCAGUCAUUAUCAUUUUUUCUUCGUAUGCCGCUAUUUUCAUCAAAUUGAAGAAAAACAGUCCACAAGAAUUCCAAAACCAGACAUCUUUUUCUCAAAGAAGGCAAAUCCAGGAGAAAAAGUUAGCAAAAACACUAUUCAUUGCUACUGCGUUGUCUAUUAUCACUUGUAUGCCUUAUGUUGCCUAUCGAUUCUCGUAUCUUCACAUGAACCAAGAUACUUUGUUGCUUACGCACCCAAAUGUCUACUCCCUCAUGUAUAUAUUUCAAAGAAUGAACUCAGUGGUCAACCCAAUUGUAUAUCUCUUCAGGAUGAGAGAUUUCAGAAAAGCCUUGUUUCAAGUAGUAUUCAGAUGUUCCUGUACUAGUAGAGUGAACGCAUAUCCAGUUGUACACCGCAACGAGAUCAUUUAA